UUCAACAAUUCAGACACAGAGCUAAAGAUGUCCUGCAUGUAUGCAACCCUCCUGGCUCUCCUCACUGUGCUGCUUGCACUUUCCUUGUCUCCAGAGGCCGACUCUGCAGCUGUGCCCAGCGACACAGGCAGCGCCAAAGACCCACAAGGUCCACUGAAGAGGAUUUUCAUGAAGGAGGCCGAUGCCUCAAACUUCUUCAGAAGACGCAACAGACGGGGCUUGAAGUCUCAGGAUGAGAUUAACGCUGAGCAGAGGCAGGUUUUGGCUGCAGAUGAACGGAAAAGAGAGUUUCAUGAGGAGAAGAGGAAUGAGUUUGAGAGCUACGCUGAAGAGGAGCAUGAUGAACAAAAUGAGAGGACCAGAGAAAGCACCGAGCAGUGGAGGGAGUUUCACUACGACGGGAUGCAUCCUCCCCAUGAGUACAACCGUCACUCCAUCUGAGUCUGGGAUGUGACGUUGUGAGCUGAUAGGACACGAACAUUUCAAAGAAUGUUCAUCUUUAACUAUACAGUUUUUCACCACAGGCCCCGACAGUUACACAGCAAAGCUACACAAUGAAAUGUUUUAAUUUUCUUUUAACUGUCUUUUCUUCUAAACAUCUAAAAAGUCAAUAUUUAAGAACAAAGUGAAGUGGUAAUCCUUUCCUUUGCCACAAACUGUGCUUGAACAUUUGAUAUGGUAUAAGGUGACAAAAUAGGGAAAUAACCAUAAGGCAUCAUUAUUCUAGAAUAUAUUAUAUAAUAUUCUAUGUUACAUAGUUAUUCCCUUUGUUCAGGGCUGCAACUAAUCAUUUGGUCUAUAAAAUGUCAGAAAAAAGUGAAUAAUUAAAAUUUUGCAGAAGCCAGGCUUAGUGGAUUAAGACAACCAGCAAAUAGUCACUGAGAAGUUGGAAUCAGUGAUCUUUGCUUGAAAAGAACUUAAAAUAAGUCAUUCCCAAACAAAGAAAUGUACAGUGCGUUAUCAUAAAUAGUGCAGUGAUGUUUGAGAUCAAUUAAAAUCCAUAAAGGUUAAAACAAAUGUCAUUAGUACAAAAUUAUGUUUGUAAGCCUUUCUUCUACAAUUAGAAAGUUAUUAUGAAUCAAGCCAAUAACACAAUGUAAACUAUAUUGUUUUAGCUGUUAUAGAAGUGUCCUGGGUUAAAUGGAUUAACACAAAUUUUAUAACAGCUUGCCAGAAGCAGAAUGAGUGUGAAUAGACUGUAUUUACCCAUAUCUUACUUAGUUGUAAUGACAUAAAAUGUAUUAACUGAACCAUUUAUAAUCAUCAAUUUUCAAUAACAAUUUCUAGUGUAAGAAAUGCGUACAUACCCUAACUUGAUAUUUACUCCCUGUCAAAGAAGCAACAACACAUGUAAACGAGCCUCUUUUUUAAUACAUGAAUCUCUACAACUCCAAAGAACAGUUCUGAAACAAUAUGUAAUGCAUGCAUACUGAGGGACUUUAAAUGCUUAGUAUUUUUGCUUUCUUUUGAUGUUUUUUGCGGGAAAAAAUACAGGGAAGGCAAUAAAAAUAAACACUCA